GGGCGGCGGCGCGCGCGCCGGGUUGUGUGCGUGCGGGAGCGCACACACGUGUGGUGUAAUUCACGCGCGGGUGGGCGCGUGCUCCGAUGCCGUGCGUGCACGCACACACGUGUGAGCACACACGGCCGUGGCGUGGUCGGGUAGGAGGAGUCCCUGGAGACCGUAGAACCAUAGAAUGGUCGGGUGGGAAGAGAGCUGGCCGUGGGUCCGUUUGCCCAGGGACACCACCUUCAGAGCAGCCCUCGUAAAAGUGGAGAAGAAAUCACUGCUGGACAUUUGGACGUGCUAAAAUGCCAUUAAAAAAGACGGACAGAAAUUUGUCGAGGGCAGAGGCUCGGUGCUGCAGCCGGCGCUGCUGGGUUGCCCAGCACUCCUUGCCACCUGACUUGGUCCUGCAGCGGUGCCCGGAGAGCAGCUGUCGCCAAAGGGAGCCUUCUGGGGACCCUGAGACCCAAGAUCUGGACAAAGGAGCCCUGCCAGGACCGGCCUCGGCCUGCUGCUUGGAGAGCCGGGACCACCUCCUGCAAUGGAACCCAACCACGCCACCGCGUCCCCUGCAAUGCUGACGGCUGAUGGAGAGAACAUGUGUGCGAUGAAUGUCUUUGAUACAGCCGUGGAUGGGGCCACGCUGCUCAUCAGCCUGUGCGGGCUGGUGGGUAACGGGGCCGUCCUCUGGCUGCUCGGCUGCCGCAUCCGCAGGAACCCCAUCACCGUCUAUGUCCUCAACCUGGCCGUGGCUGACUUCACCUUCCUGCUCUUCAUGCUCACCUACACCCUCCUCAACCUCCUGAAAGAACUCUCCUGCCUCACGCUGCCCAUCUCAGUGAAGCACCUCGUAGCACUCCUCCUGAUCUCGCUGUUUGCCCACAACAUGGGCAUGUAUCUGCUGGCGGCCAUCAGCAUUGAGAGGUGUGUGUCCAUCCUGUGCCCGCUCUGGUACCGCUGCCGCCGCCCCCAGCACCUGUCAGCCGUGGUGUGUGCACUGCUCUGGGUGCUCUCCAUCGCCGUCAUCACCAUGGUGACAUUCCUGUGCCUGUCCCACCAGCAUGAGCAGUGCCGCCUGGCGCUUAUCACCAUGUACGUCCUCAACUCCCUCAUUUUUGCCCCAUCCAUGGUCAUUUCCAAUGUGAUCCUGCUCGUUAAGGUGCUGUGCCGCUCCAGGCAGCGCCAGCACAGGAGGCUCUACAUCGUCAUCUUCCUCACGGUCCUCUUCUUCCUCCUCUUUGGAGUCCCCCUCAGUGUCUGGAAUUUCAUGCAGCAUUUCAUCUCUGACCCUGGGUAUCACCAGGUGGUUUUCCUGCUCGCCUGCAUCAACAGCAGCAUCAACCCCUUUAUCUAUUUGCUGGUGGGUGGUGGCAGGAGGCACUGCUCUCUGGCAUCCCUCCAAGUCGCCUUCCAGAGGGUCUUUGAGGAGACCGGGGACACUGUGAUUUCUGCCUGAGAGCCCACUGCGACUGCGCUGGCCACGAUGCCCAUCCCAGCUGCAUGCCCACAUCCAUAUGGCCAGGCCUGCAAUCACCCUCCCAUGGCUGCGUGCCAUUAUGUGUCCUUGCAUGGUCAUUAUUUUACCCCUAUCCCUGUCCCAUUCCACUCCUGUUUGUCUCCAUUCCAUCCCCAUUCUUUCCACGUCCCCAUUAGAUUCCCAUUUGUUCCCCCUUCCCAUCCCUGCCUCAUCCCAUUCCUAUCCCUCUCUCAGUCCCAAUCCUUGACCUGCCCCCAUGUCUGUCCCCAUCUUCAUCCCCAUCUCCACCCCAUCCUUGUCUCCAUGCUGGCAUGUACUGUCCCACUCACUCCCUCCCCUCCCAAUUCCUGUCCCCAUCCCAAUAUCUGUUCCUUACUCGCUAUCCCGCCGUGUUCCCCACCCCAUCCCCAUCCUCACCCUCAUCUCAUCCCAUCCUCACCCAUUCCCAUCCUCAUCCCACCCCACCCUACUUCUAUUCUCAUCCGCAUCCCAUCCCACAGCCAUGCUUUACCCACCCCAAUUCCUAUCCUACUCAGUCCCAUCCUGAUCCACGUUCCAUCUCAUCCUAUCCCAUCCCAUCCCCAUCCCCGUACCCAUCCCGAUCUAACUCCCAUCCCAUCCCCACCCCUUCCCCAUGCCCACUCCGGUCCCGUUCCGUCCCCGGCUUCUCCAGCCCCGGCCAAUGCGGAGCGCGGGGCUCUGCUGCCCUCCAGCGUGGAAAGUGGAGAACGCUGCUGCCCUUCAGUCGCUGCGCGGCCCGGCGGCCGCAGUCCCGAGGAAUACCGACCGCUUCGCAGCCCUUUGCGGAGGAUCUGCCGCCUCCGGGCCCCACUCCGGGUCUGCCCCCCAAUAAAGCUGCUGCU